AUGGUUAAGAAGGGUGAGAAUGGGGUGAACUAUCCUGAAAGUAGAGGAGAGAAAGCACGCAGGAAAGCAGAGGAGAAGAGACAGGCUAGGUUAGAGAAGGAGCUUUUGGAGGAGGAAGAGCGAAAGCAGAGGGAGGAGGUUGCAAGACUGGUGGAGGAACGUAGGAGAUUGAGGGAUGAGAAAAUGGAGGCUGAAAAAGAUCGUGGCAAAAUAUCAUCACCUGUCCGGGAGAAAGAUGGUAAGAAGGAAGCAGAAAAGAGGCGUCAUGAAAGAAGAAAAGAGAAAGACAAAGGGUCAAGUAAGAGCAAUUCUGAUGUAGAAGAGCUAGAAAAAAGAGUAGGUAAGGAGAAUGAGCGAAAGCGAGAAUCGGACAGGAAGAGCGAGAUUGAUCGUCGGGAACAUCAGAAAUCUGGGACAGAAAGUGUCAAAGGCCAGAGCACCAAGACUGGACAUGUGAUGAGAAGUAUAUCUGCAAACAGUUUUAGCCGGGGAAAUUCUGGAACUAGGUAUCUGGAUCGUAUGAGGGGUACGAUUUUUUCCUCUUCUAGAGCAUUUGGUGGUGGUGGUCUCUUUGGGAAGGGUGCUAAUACUCCUGCCACAAUUACAAAGGAAUACAAGCCUAACAGUUCUGUAGAUCAUGUCCAUACUUUUGCUCAUAAAAGAGAUUUAUUUCCACAUGAGCACGUAGCUGCCAAACCAAUUGUAAAUGGAGAUGACAAGAACAUCAAUCGCCCUGUCCUCUCAGAACCACAACCUAGGACAACACCUAAAAAAACAUGGCAACAAGGCGCAGCUGCUUUCUUAACCAUGCAUGAGAGUGAAGCCUCAAGGAAGAAGGAGCUCUGGAAACUCUCUAAACACUCAACCAGCAAAGACAAAAGACUCUGCUUGGUGGGAUUUAUCAAUAAAUGAAGGCAACUCCAGCACUGACAAACUCUAAAGGCGCAUUAAACUCCUUACGCCUUACGGUCCGGUCCCGCUUCUCUCUCCCUGUUUUUCAACCCAAUUUGUGGGGCUAACGUCUGACGUUCUUUUGUUCUGAGAACCAACAACAAGACGAACAGGAAGAUGUAGAAUUGAAGAAGAAGAUAAAGAAGAGGCUUUGGGAGAAGGAAACAAAAGUGCAAACAUGAAGAGAAACACAGCGAGAGAUUUCCGCGGGACCAGAGCUCAUUGCAACGGCAUCCCUUCCUUCAAGCGUCUGCUGCGUCGGUGGCUUGCCGCUUGGUGUAUCGGGUGGUUUGUAGCACUGUCCGUAUGGUCCGUAUGGAACUUGAGGGUUUCAAGAAUUCACACGUAAGAUACAAAAAUUCUACUUAGGUGGACUUAAGUGAAACGGUUCGUUUCAUUCAAAUAACGGCAGUUACCAAA